GCGGCUGCCGUAGGGGUUAUGCUGGUCCUGGUGCUGGUGGUCCUCAUCCCUGUGCUCGUCAGCUCUGUGGGUACAGACGCCAGCCACUAUGAGAUGCUGGGCACCUGUCGUAUGGUGUGUGACCCCUACCUGAACAAGGGUACUCCGGCCAGCAGCACCAGUUCCACCGGUCUCCAGGCUGAAGCAGAGGCGUUAAGCGACCAUAGCAACGUGCUUCCACCCUCCACCUUACAGCACGGCCCACAGGGGAAGCCUGGCAGGCCAGGCAAGCCCGGACCACCCGGACCACCGGGAGAACCAGGGCCACCAGGACCUGCUGGGCCGCCUGGUGACAGAGGGGAUCAGGGAAGGACUGGGAUUUUGGGUCUGGGGGGGGACGGAGCUAUCAGCACAGCAACCUACAGCACGGUGCCUCGGGUGGCUUUCUAUGCAGGGCUUAAGAACCCCCACGAAGGCUACGAGAUCCUCAAGUUUGACGACGUGGUCACCAACCUAGGCAACAACUAUGAUGGCAUUUCGGGCAAGUUCAUCUGCAGCAUACCAGGCACAUACUUCUUCAUCUACCAUGUGCUGAUGAGAGGAGGGGACGGCACCAGCAUGUGGGCAGACCUCUGCAAGAAUGGCCAGGUUCGGGCCAGCGCCAUUGCCCAAGACGCUGACCAGAACUAUGACUACGCCUCCAACAGCGUCAUCCUCCAUCUGGACGCGGGGGACGAGGUUUACAUCAAACUGGACGGAGGCAAAGCCCAUGGAGGAAACAACAACAAGUACAGCACCUUCUCUGGCUUUAUCCUCUACGCAGACUGAAAACAGACAGACACAGAGACAGUCAGACAGGAAGAAAUUGAGAGAAAGAGAUGGGGGUGGUGUGUGUGUGUGUGUGUGUGUUUGUGUGUGUGCGCGCGUGUGUUAAAAGCUGGAAUGCUUUCUAGUUUUCCUAAUUCUCUCCAUCAUCACAGAAACCUCUGCUUCGUACCCAUCAGCCAAGACAUCCAGGCUCUGUAGCCGCGCCUGGAUGCAAAGCU